CGUUCCCGCAGGGCGACGUGAGCUCUCGCGUGUUUCUCGCGUGCAUCUCGCGAGAUUUGCGUCGUUCGCACUCAAGACUCCAUGAUCUGAUCCCGAGCGGCGCGAUCAUCCCUGCGUGUCCCGCGCGCGUUCAUGAGCGUCGUGCGGCGCUCAUAUCUCCGCUCAAAUGGACCAAGAAUGAUCUUGUGAGGAUGGAGAGCGUUAAACUGAAGAAGAGCAGUGCUCUAAGUGUGGCCUUGAGAUCCACAGCAGAUGAAGAAGAUGAUGAAGGCCAGAGAGCAUCGAACCCCCGACAGACGAAGUCAGACGAGCCCCGGACCAGAAGCCAGAGCCCAGCUGAGCUCAACAUGCUCAACAAAGCCUGCAAGAGCAGCUCCAGUCUGCUGCUGAGGAAAAGGAGGGUGAAAAGGCACAUGUCCGGUAUCAGUUCAUCUCAUAGUCGAAGUCUGGACCGACAGACGUUGCUGAGACACCGAGCCAGUCCUCAGCUGCAGCUGUCAGACCGCCAGUGGGUCCGCCAGGACCUGCGCCGGGGCUCAAUCCACGUGCACGACCGGCUGCUGGCGUGGUCACACCCGGCACGGCCUGUGCUGUGCACCGUGGACAGCACUGCAGCCGAGAUAGCGCAGCGCCUGCAGCAGGCCGGUGGCAAGACGUGCUCGGUCCUGAGGCUGAACGCUAAGAGCUACCUGUCCACCGAUGUGAAUGGGAAUUGCGAUGGCGAAUACCCACUUAGGCACCUUCACACGGGGACUGAGAGCCUCGCAGACCAGCCAGGUGACAGGUUACGGCUCCUGCUCCUGGAGAAGGACCAUCCAUAUCACCAGCAAGAAUAUGACAUCUUCACGCACUCAGAGGCCAACGUGGACCGCACGUCCCCUCAGGACGAGGACUCCAUGAAAAGAUUUGCAGGCUCCGAUGUGGAGACCAGCAGUGCUUGUGACGACCUGAGCUCCGGGGCCCGGUUCAGCCAGCAUCGGGACUCGCUCAGCGAUGACAUGAUCUUGGGCACGGAUGCCUCGGCGUUCGACAGCAGCGCUACCGAGGGCCUGGAUACAUACGGGAGCUCUUCGGACGAGCUGGAGCUGGACUGUCCGACGGAGCCCAUCCUGCCGGAGCCCAUAACAGUCGAGGCCGAGUCGGCUCUUGCCGUCGGCGCUGACCCUCCUGCUCUAGGGCACAGUCCGGAUUCAGUAGGCACACCGUCCGAUUCGGACUCCAGCCCGGCCCUGUAUGUUCAGCUACACGGCGAGGCUGCCCGGCGUCUGGGCCCCGAUGAGAGGCCCCUACAGGUCCAGAAUGAUUUUCUCUUUAAACUGGGAUUUAAGGACCCGUGGCGGGUCCAGGAGGAGGGGAUGAACACUGAGCUGGGAUCACUCCUGCGCUUCUACGCAGGAAAACCUCACAGCAUCGAGAGCUCCGAGCGCAUCCAGCUCUCCGGAACAUAUAAUGUACGGAAAGGAAAGCUGCAGCUACCGGUGAACCGCUGGAGUCGACGGCAGGUGAUUUUAUGUGGCACCUGUCUCAUGGUGUCCUCAGUGAAGGCCAGCCAUACGGGCAAGAUGCACAUCCUGCCACUUAUCGGAGGAAAGGUGGAAGAAGUGAAGAAACACAGUCACUGUUUGGCCUUCAGCUCAGCGGGACCUCAGAGUCAGACCUACUAUAUCAGCUUCGACAGCUUCACUGAACACCUGCGCUGGCACCGACAAGCGGCUAAGAUGGUGUCUCAGAGGAUCAGUUCGGUGGAUCUGUCUUGCUGUAGUCUAGAGAAACUGCCACCCAACCUGCUGUACAGUCAAGACCUGACACAUCUCAACCUCAAACACAACUUCCUGCCUGCUGACCAAACACUGCUGCAGCUCCAGAGAUUUUCCCGUUUACGGAGUCUCAAUCUCUCUAAUAACCAGCUGGGAAGUUUCCCACGGCACAUCUGCUCCAUUAGCACGCUGACAGAGGUCAACCUCAGCUGCAACCACCUGACCUCCAUCCAUCCUGAUGUGGGCAACAUGACCAAUCUGCAGACAUUUGUGCUGGAUGGUAACCUGCUUUGCGCUCUUCCUGUGGAGCUGGGCUGUCUGCAGAGGCUGGCCUAUCUGGGUCUGUCCUUCAAUGAGUUCACACAGGUGCCGUCGGUGCUGGAGCGGCUGCCCGCCGUCGAAAGACUCUGUAUGGCUGGAAAUAAAGUGUCGGUGCUGACGCUACAGACCUUCCGUCUGCUGAUGCUCAAACACGUCGACCUCCGUCUGAACCAGAUCUCCAGUGUGGUACCUGACGAGCCGGAGUUUCUGCGUCACGUGACGCAACUAGACGUACGUGAUAACCGCCUGACUGAGUUGGACGUGUCCGUCUUCCCGCGGCUGGAGGUUCUGCACUGUCAAAGGAACCGCCUCACACGGCUACGUCUGCGCGGCUGCACACUCAAGGCUCUCUACGCCUCCAACAAUGAGCUGCAAGAGUUAGACAUGAGUCCUGUGGCCUCCAACCUCACAUACAUGGACAUCUCUAGGAACUGUAUGAAGUCUCUGCCUGAUUGGUUGAGUGACAGCAAGAAACUGGAGGUUCUAGACGUCAGUCACAACAACAUUGCUGAACUUCCUCCGUGGUUGCUGUGCAGUGGUAGUUUGAGGAAGAUCUUGGCCAGUCAUAACCAGCUGAAGCGUUUGCCGGAGCGCGUGGAGCGUCCUGUUGUGGAGGUGCUGGAUGUGCAGCACAAUCAUCUCGUCGAGCUUCCCUGUAAUCUCUUCCUGAAAUCAGAGAGUUUACGGUGUCUAAAUGCGUCAGCCAACAAGCUGGAGAAUCUCCCAGCAUCCAGUUUGUCAGAAGAGAGCAGCAGUAUCUUACAGGAGCUUUACCUGACCAACAACCACCUGACGGACAAGUGUGUGCCUCAGCUGACGGGACACACACACCUGAGGAUCCUGCACAUGGCCUACAAUCACCUGCAGACCUUCCCAGCCAGUAAAAUGGCCAAGCUGGAGGAGCUGGAGGAGGUGGACCUGAGUGGGAACAGGCUGAAGGCAGUGCCCACCACCAUCCUGAACUGCAGGCGCAUGCACACACUGGUGGCUCACUCCAACUGCAUCGAGGUCUUCCCUGAGGUCAUGCAGCUCAUGGAGAUGAAGUGUGUGGAUCUGAGCUGUAAUGAGCUGAGUGAGAUCACCUUACCAGAGAGUCUACCUCCAAAACUUCAGGAGCUGGAUCUAACCGGAAACCUGCGCUUGAAUCUGGACCACAAGACUCUUGAGCAGCUCAAUAACAUCCGCUGUUUCCGAAUCGAUCCGCCCCCCUCAUCAUUCUCAGCCAAUGAGACUGCAGGAGGGCCGGCUGUCUGGAGUCACGGCUACACUGAAGCCUCAGGCGUCAAAAACAAACUAUGUGUGGCUGCACUGUCGGUGAACAGCUUCUGCGGCAGUAGAGAAGCUCUGUACGGUGUGUUUGACGGCGACAGGAACGUGGAGGUGCCAUAUUUACUCCAGUGCACCAUGAACGACAUACUGGCAGAGGAACUGCACAGGACCAAGAGUGAAGAAGACUACAUGACCAACACCUUCCUGGUCAUGCAGAGGAAAUUAGGCACUGCAGGACAGAAGCUGGGCGGUUCGGCAGCGCUAUGUCACAUCCGUCACGACCCCACAGACCCUGCUGGCUGCUUCACCCUGACUGCUGCUAAUGUGGGCAAGUGUCAGGCCGUGCUCUGUCGCGACGGCAAAGCGCUUCCGCUAUCGCUGCUGCACAACAUCAGUAUCAAGGAGGAAUACAACCGUGUGCGGCAGCAUAAAGCCAUCAUCACCGAGGAUAACAAAGUGAAUGGCGUAACAGACUCCACACGCAUCAUGGGCUAUUCAUUCCUCUACCCAGCAGUCUUACCUCGCCCGUAUGUCAACACGCUCCCGCUGACCCCCAGAGAUGAGUUCUUUAUCCUGGGCAGCAGAGGUCUCUUUGAAGUCAUGGACCCUAGCGAGGCGGUGGAAGCCGUACGGAAGGUGCCCGAUGCUUUGGCAGCUGCCAAAAAGCUGUGCACUUUGGCGCAGUCGUACGGCUGCACGGACAGCCUUAGUGCCGUGGUGGUGCAGCUCAGCGUGGCUGAAGACUGUUGUUGCUGUUGCUGCUCGGCGUCCGCGGAGCCAGGCUCCGGAAGCAUCCAUGCGCCGCCACAACCCCCACCGAGCCCCGGGCCAGGUCUGUACCCAGCCUCCUCUGCUGGCGUGCCCCCGUCCUCCUGCAGUGAGAUCAGUUCCGAGGUCAGUGCUUCCGAGAUGAGCUCCGAAGUGGGAUCCACCGCUUCCUCGGACGAGCCCCCACUCCUGCUGCAGGACACACAUAUCCAUCUUCAUCCACAGAGCCACCCGCCGCAGCUACAACAGAACCCACGCCUCCCUUGCUGCACACUCCAUCUAGCUCCCAAUGCCAGCAGCUCUUUCCAGAGGCAACUUUCCAGCGCCACCUUUUCCAGCGCACUCUCAGACAAUGGCCUGGACAGCGAGGACGAAGAGCCCAUUGCUGGCGUCUUCUCCAACGGCAGUCGUGUGGAAGUGGAAGCUGACGUCCACUGUCUGGUCCAUCUGCUGCCUCCACCGCCACCUCCACCUUCCACCCCGGAAACCCCAGAGAAGCUUUCGGAACCUGUGCUGGAGACGGACAAGACUGGGAACUUUGCAGGAAUGGAUGCUUGGAGCAAGACCUUGGGGAAGCGGAGGGGAAACGGCUCGGUGGCACCGCAGGAGCAGAGCCACAACUUGAUUGAGGUCGCCGAGGCACCUUCCAAGAAACCAGGGGGUUAUUUCACGGCCCCCGCUCAACCCGACCCCGACGACCAGUUCAUCAUACCUCCAGAACUGGAGGAGGAAGUGAAGGAGAUCAUGAAACAACAUCAGCAGGACCAACAGAGGCCAACCAAGAGUGAACGACCUGCGGACUACUACGACACACCGCUCUGAAGGAGUCGUUGCAUUCUGCCAUCAUCUACUCACCGUCAUGUCGUUGGCUUUAUUCUGCAGUUCUUGAACGUGCAGUCUUUUGCCCAGUACUGAAGUACUCUGACAGCAUUUCUUGCACUAAUGCCACCACUUUUGAGUGAAUCAGUUAGAACGACAUGAGGCUGAGUGAAUGACGAUUGAAUGUUUACUAAAUUAAAGUGCUAAAGUGAAGUAUCUUCAGGUCACUGCUUUACUGCAGUCAACCAAUAUGAAGCUGUCAGUCAUCUACCUACAACGGCUCGGAAAGGUCACGAAACUGGACCAAACUGGCAACAUAAUAUGACGCCACUUCCUGCAAAGUCCACUAAGAUCUCAACCAAUCCCUUUAAGAGAACACAAGAGUGACCUGCGCUCUACCGUGCCUCACCCGUUUCACUAGAGUUUUAAAAGCAGUUCACUACUGAUUACUGACUGUUUUAACUUUUAUUUACCUUAAACCGAUACGUAUAUAAUUCAACACUAGUAUUGCGACAUUAACUGUCAUUACCAACAAGUUUCUGGAUAUUUUGAUUUUGUUUUUUAUUUACCAUAUGCGAGAGAAGCUACAGCAGACUUUAAGUUGAUUUAAAAACAGAAGAUUGCGUUGACGUAAAAUUGUGUUGUACGGUACACACUAGUAAUACCACACUUAACUGUUGUAGAUAGGGCACUUAAAGUAAUACUGUAUCUCUUCAGUAAAUCAAGGCUUCCCGCCUGUAUAAAAACUAGAAAUUUAGUGGAAAUUUGAAAGACUAACUCCUAGGAGUUGCUUACUCUUUUAUGGUGACUUCGUCACUUUUUUACUAAUCUUCUCUGCGAGAAAUGGUGAUUUUUUUUUUUUUUUUUUUUUUUUCUUCUCUUUCCAAUGAUUGUAAAUAAGAAAAAUAUUGUAUACCAAUGCUUUUUAAGGGAACUGUGUGUCUAGAACAAGAUGACCCUUUAUGCAUACAUGCCAAUAGAUGUAUAUGUAUCAGAAACAUAUACACACACGCACCACUUGUAAAUGAACUGUGCAUUCUGCCCAGUGCUGUCGUCACUUGCUGAUCAAUGAGCCAUACACACACACAUAAACACACACUCAUCCGCCUCUUUACACCAGCAUGACUGUGUCAAGUCCUGUAAUGCAAUCCAAUUUAUCUGCAAGGAAUUAUGCUCAAACCAACCACACAAACAGUUCCUGGUUUUGUUAUAAUAAAUCUUAAAUUUAUGACUCUA